GGAAACAAUACUGGUGCUAGCGAUACAGCUGUCUGGCAACCCUCCCUGACAAGGCUCCUCCGACGCGCUGUGGCCUAGCUGUUUGACACACAACCCCGAGCUGCUUAAGAGCCCUGCAAAUCCACAAUGUCGCAGCUAGGACGCGUUUCCAAAGCCAGUGCACUGAGGCUAUGUCGGCCGACACGCGUUGCCCCUGCAGGCCGUUUGCACUUGUCCACCGCUUCCUCGGUCGGCGGGAGCCAGUCGAGCGUCAACCCCGACGAGAUUGCUCAUUUCUCCAGGCUGUCACAGCAAUGGUGGGACGAGCGGGGAGAAUUCGGGCUGCUGCAUAAGAUGAACCCGGUCCGCAUGCAGUUCAUCCGUAAUAAGAUGCUAGAAAUCCAGUGGGAAGAAGACGAGAGCAGAGUCAACGAGGCGCAGCCUCUCAGUGGCUUGGACGUCGUGGAUGUUGGCUGUGGGGGCGGUCUGCUCUCCGAAACAUUGGCAAGACUAGGCGGAAGGACACUAGGCAUAGACGCUUCCUCGUCUAACAUUGGCAUAGCAUCUCUGCAUGCUGCGGCGGACCCAGCUUUGGCCCCGUCAACUUCUUCCGCUGGGAACAGCGGAAGGGGUGGCCUCACGUUCAAGCAUACUUCCGUAGAGGAUCUUCUUGCAGAGCGGGGCCCCGCAUCCUUCGACGUCGUCUGCUCGAUGGAAGUCAUCGAGCACGUUGACAACCCUCGAGCGUUCUUGACCAACUGCGCAGCCCUCGUUAAGCCUGGCGGCCAUCUCUUCCUCUCGACGAUCGCCCGCACGCCGCUGUCCUACUUCCUAACAAUCUUCGCUGCGGAGCAAGUGCUCAGGCUGGUUACGCCCGGCACGCACACACACUCGAAGUACAUCAACCCUGAGGAGAUGACCGAGUUCUUCCUCUCGACGCCUCUACCACCUCAUGAUGUGGCGGCACUCGACAGCGCCCCGACGGGGUCCCGAACAGCGAGCCGACCUUGGAUCUCGCGCCUGUACGGCGGCGCACCUCUCCGGACUGAAGCCGAGAUCCGCGGAAUGGUCUACGUGCCGUGGAAGGGCGAGUGGGUGUUGGUGCCUCGCGGCGCGCCGGGCGCGAGCGUGUGGGCAGAGGCUUGCAACUAUCUAUUCUGGGUGCGGCGCCCCCUCGAGUAAAAUCGAGCCGUGUUCGUCAGCUAUGUUCGUCAGGAUGUAGAUGGUGAUUCGUUUACCAGACAGGUCUCAAUUGCCCUCACCAUCAUUA